AGAGAGGGGGGGAGAGAGAGAGAGAGAGAGAGAGAGGGACAGAGAGAGACGAUGCCUUCCUCUUUCAGACGCGUCUCACAAGCCGCUCAGUGGAUUUGCUGAUUUUCCAAAUUAAUUUCCGUCAAGUUGUUCAACGGGACUGCGGAGAUUUAGAAGCAGAGGAUGCUCCCACAGGUGAUUCGGAUCUUGUAUGUCUGGUUUUUCUGCUGUUUCCAAGGAGGCUUUAUCAGACUGAGCUCCUGUAAGGAGGAGACAAAGCCCCCCGGCAGGGCAGGACCACAGCUGUCUCCGUCGGACUUCCUGGACAAGCUCAUGGGGAGAACGUCGGGCUACGAUGCUCGCAUCAGACCCAACUUCAAAGGCCCAGCUGUGAAUGUCACCUGUAACAUUUUCAUCAACAGCUUUGGGUCCAUCACCGAAACCACAAUGGACUACCGGCUCAAUGUAUUUCUACGGCAAAAAUGGAACGACCCUCGCCUGGCUUACAGCGAAUACCCGGACGACUCCCUGGAUCUGGAUCCCUCCAUGUUGGACUCCAUCUGGAAACCGGAUUUAUUCUUUGCAAACGAGAAAGGUGCCAAUUUUCACGAGGUCACCACUGACAACAAGCUGCUACGGAUUUUCCAAGACGGCAGCGUUCUGUACAGCAUUAGGCUGACUCUUACCUUGUCCUGCCCUAUGGACUUGAAGAAUUUCCCAAUGGACACUCAGACCUGUACAAUGCAGCUUGAAAGCUUUGGUUACACCAUGAAUGACUUGAUCUUUGAGUGGCUGUCUGACAACCCCGUUCAGGUGGCUGAUGAUCUCACUCUCCCCCAGUUUGUGCUAAAGGAGGAGAAUGAUUUGGGCUACUGCACUAAGCAUUACAACACAGGCAAAUUCACCUGCAUUGAGGUGAAGUUCCACCUUGAACGUCAAAUGGGCUACUACCUGAUCCAGAUGUACAUCCCGUCCCUCCUCAUUGUCAUCCUCUCAUGGGUGUCUUUCUGGAUAAACAUGGACGCUGCACCUGCCAGAGUGGGUCUGGGUAUCACCACUGUACUGACGAUGACCACGCAGAGCUCUGGUUCAAGGGCCUCGCUGCCGAAGGUGUCCUACGUGAAGGCCAUCGACAUUUGGAUGGCGGUGUGCCUUCUGUUUGUGUUUGCCGCCCUGCUGGAAUAUGCAGCAGUGAAUUUUGUCUCAAGGCAACACAAGGAGUUCAUCAGGCUGAAGAAAAGGCAGCGGCAGCAAAGAAUAGUUUUUGCAAGUCAGCCUGGCAGUGUUGAGUCGUUGCGGAAAGUGAAUGACCUCCCCGGUAACAGUCAACAAUCAGCCUACAGGAACCUGAAUCAGCACUGCAGCGCCUGUGCCAGGGAGGAGGAGCUGGUGAGGGAAAGCCGUGGUUUUUACUUCAGGGGUUAUGGACUGGGCCACUGCCUGCAGAACAAGGAUGGUGCCGCCGUGGAGGGAGCCGCUGUGUUCACCCCGCCGCCUCCUCUUCCACCUCCAAUUACCCUGUACGAUGGAGAGGUACUUCACAAGCGCUUUGUGGACCGGGCCAAGCGCAUCGACACCAUAUCUAGAGCCAUCUUUCCCUUGAGCUUCCUUAUAUUCAACAUCUUCUACUGGUUCACCUAUAAAGUGCUGCGACACGAGGACCUCCAUGCAAAUUUGUAGAACGCUUUCAACCGGCUCUAGUCGCUACUUCUCCCCUCGCCCUCACAACCAAAACUGCCUGUCAUAAUCGACAUUACAAUGGAGGAAAAAUGUAUGGGGAGACUUAUUGUCUACUGUGUAAAACCAUUGCUGGAAACUGUGUGCUCAGGUGCGUCUUUGGGAUCUCAGACAAAGUGAUCAAGCUAAAUGACCUGGUUAAGCUGCGUGGAUUCACGGCCGGCGUUGGCGAUGCUCUCUCGUCUCUGUCUGAUACUGUCUGAUUACAUCAGAGACAAAACACUACUGGUACUUUUGUGGCUUCAUGACCUUUGUGUGAGAUGAGAGAAGUCGAUGUUGAUCCUGGCAGGAUGUACUGACUUGAAUUUUGACACUACUCAUCUUUAAAUGAAUGUUUUCGAAAACUCAAAAGAUAAAAAGGUCUUUUUUACACCUUUAGAUUAUACAGGUACAAAUGGGUGCAGAGGGAGUCUGAGAUUUAAUACUUAUUAAGUGGUGACAUUUCAAUUCAUAUUAUAUAUAACAGUGUAUAAAGUGUAUAUUUAAAAAAUAAGCUGUUCAUUUAACUGCACAAAGCACAAAUAUGUAUUUCCUUUUGUCAAAAUUUAAAUAAAUUGUUACUCUGCGAGGAAACUUGA